GGCUGUGCCGCCCAGCCCCAGCAGCUGCGCAGGCUGAGCGGUGGGGAUGGGAUGGGGAUGGACGGAGAUGUGUAUGGCAUGGGGAUGGGGAUGAGCACAUGACACUGCACGGGAGCUCUGGGAUCGCGGCCGUAUCCUCAGAAUCCCAUCGGGAGGAUUUUGUUCGUCGCCAGCAUCUCCAGGACGUGGGGAUGUCUGCAUUGGAUAUACUGUGUCUUGCAAAGCCAAAAGACUGGAGCCGUUUGAAGAUUAUGUAACAGUAAAGGUGCAGAUACCCUUUGGAAAGAGGAAUAAUGGGACCAGGCAUUCAGGAAUAUCCCUUAUUACUGCACAGAGAGACACAGCAGAAGCAAAGCCACAGCCACACCAAUGAAAACCACAAAGGAAUGGUAAAUAAUGGAAAAAGCCAUCCAAACACCAAAGGACUAAAUAAACCAAUUUCUUAUGCGAAAUCUCCUCCUGGAAGAUUAGGCAAAAAUGUAUCAAGUGCCAUUGAAAAGAUUUCCCCUGACACUCAAGAUGGUCACCAGCCAAGUGUUUUUAAGAAGGGAAGGAACCAGCUGGAUGGCAGUAAUCAGUCAAAAAGGAUCCUGAGUGUUUGCAGCUCACUGCACAGUGCACAAGGACCAAAGAGGAGUCCCCCAGAAAGAAGGCAAAAUGAAUCCUUCCUGCACAAGAGUUCCCCAGAAAAAAGGCAAAAUGAAUCCUUCCUGCACAGGAGUCCCCCAGAAAAGAAGCAAAAUGAAUCCUUCCUGCACAAGAGUCCCCCAGAAAAGAAGCAAAAUGAAUCCUUCCUGCACAGGAGUUCCCCAGAAAAAAGGCAAAACGAAUCCUUCCUGCACAGGAUCCCCCCUGGCACAAAGGGCAGCACACAAGAAAACUUCUGUAGGGCUAAGGAUGUCCCAGUGCAGCAUUUUUAUUGCAGUAAAAGAGAACAGUUGGGAAAGAAUCAUGAAGAAUACAUUGCUGAAGCCAGUCCAGGGUCUUCGAAAUGGCAAGAAGCAUCUGUAAGUGAAAUGUUUCUUGAUUUUGAAUCGGUACAAAUUAUUAAAGAAGAUGCUGAAGAUGAUAGUGCCAGUGACCUCUCUGACUCAGAAAGGAUUCCCAUUCCCCCCUCGCCCUGCACACCACCAGAACUCAUCCUCAGAGCUGAAGAAAUCGACCCAGUUUGUUUGGAACACAUCCCUGAAAUGGGAUUCAAAGAAUCCGAAUAUUAUUACCCUGACUUUCUCCCACCCCCUUUCAACUCGUGGGACUUGAAGCAGCUGGCCAUCCUUGUCCACGAGGAAGGGAAAACAGAUUUGCACCCCAAGCCCACGGGGUCCCUGGAGAAGUACAUGGAGCGCCUGCUGCAGCUGGAGUGGCUGCAGCUGCAGACGGUGCAGAGCGAGAGGGGCAGGGCCCCCCGAGCCCGGGCCCUCAAGAGCCCUGGGAAAGGCAAAGCCUUGCUCAGCCCUGUGCCCAGCAGGCAGGCAGGGCCCCAGGAGAGUGUCACCAGGCUGCCCAGGAGCUGUGGGGGUCACAGGGCAGAGCUGCACCCUGAGGAGACUCGCCCGCUGCGUUCCCAUCCAGCUCACCUGAAACUUCCCGAGAGAAUGGCAUGUGCAGCAUCUUCUCAGAGGAAAACUGCUGAUGUAAGGAGUGAACUGAAAAAGAAACCAGCUGCAAAGCAGCAGCUUCUCAGUCCACAGCCCACCGAGAGCAGCUCUAAAAUCCAAAGUGUUGGUAACAUCAGACCCCCUAAGCAAUCCCCAGCGCUCCACGGUGCAGCUGCUCCCAUCAAAGGCUUAAAAACAUACACCUGUGCAAAUCCAAAGAAAAAUGGCAAUGCCAGCAAUUAUGUUCCUCCUAAAAAGCCAACAGCAGACAGGAAAAUAAAAACAAAUGGCACAAAGCAAGCACCACGCAAAUUUCAGUGAGGGAAAACUCAUUAGUGAAUGUUGAUUCUUCUUGACUGCUAGAAAGCAUCUGGCCGGUGCAGAAGGAUCUUUUCUUUCUUCAUAGGAAGAUCCUGAGAAAAAUGUUCCUGGCACGUGGUUCUGAGUCAGCACUGUUCAUUUCUAUAGAUUUGAUCUUAAGCCAGCAGGAAAUGUUUUCCCUGAAGGCAAGUGUCUUCCAUUGGUCUUUCCUCAAAAGUAAUUGUAAUCGCUCAGUGAAGAUAAAAAAAGCACAGUGUGAAGUUUAGAGAAGUACAGAACAUCCUGGCUGCACCAGCUGAAGUCUGAGUGUUCCUUGUACUCACCCUGCUGGGUGUGAGGGAAUAGGGUCCAGGCUCCUUCUCCUUGCCCAGAUGUGCUUUUUGUAAGACAGGUUUGAUUGUGGUGUUUUUAUAAAAUAAUGGAGCCUGUUAUCUAUGCAAAGUCAACUCUAAUUCUUCACAAAUAUGAUGAAUUGGAUUUUUUGGAUGAAAUAGAGAUUAUUUUUUUGAGAAGAAGAAUGGAUGUAAUGUUUUGAAAUAUUUUAAUGCAGAAAGAAUCCUUUAUUAGACUAAGUUUUAGGGACCAGACAGCUUCAAUAAUGACAGAUUAAGAAAAUGGAAUGUGUAUUUUUAUACCCUGGAAUCUUCACUGUGUUUACAGACAGCUUUCCUGGAAGUUCAUUUUGUAGGCCUUGAUGCUUUUUGUCAUUUAGGGGAAAUGGCCAAAUUUCAAAUUGCACAUGGAUAUAUUUGAGAAAUGCAAACUAAGGCUUUUAUGUAUGGCCUAGUUUUCAGAACUGGUAGCCUCUCAAAACACAGAAACUAGACUCUUAUGGGAAGAAUUUAAAGGGUGUUGUAAGUUCAGAUAAAGAUAUAUUUUGAUACAGAAGAUACCUAUUUUUAGUCACCUAAGAUGACUCUUAUUUAUUCUGUGGUCCAGUCUAGCUUGGCUUCUUAAGGUUUAGGGAGGAGAGGUGGGGAAAUAUCCUACAGAAAGAAAUUGUUACAACCAGGAUUGGGUCCUGUCCUUGGGCCUUCUGUCUCCUGUGUCUGUGAGAUACAGGAGAAUACAAAGGACAGUUCAGAGAAUAUUCAAGUGUCACUUGAUCUGUUAAAAUUUCAAAUCAGUCACAGCAGCUGGGGACAAGAUCUUAAGACGAAAUUCUAAAGAAUGUUUUUUACUUUCACUUUAAAAUCCUGGCCAGUGUAUUUUCCUCCUCAGCCACAAGUCCCAGUCUUAAUGAGAAGUGAGCUGAGGUCUGAUGGACCAGAUUCUGCAAGUGGAUCCUCCACAGUGUGAUAGGAAAUGAAAAAGUAGCAAAUACUAAAGAGUACAUUAUGUAUAUAGCUAAAUUGCACUUCUUUUGGUGAGCUCAUCUUGGUUUUAAGAUGCUUAGCUGUUUCUUUCAUUGUGCCUACCAGAUCUUCAGCUUUGUAAAAUUUCAAAGCAUGAAUUUGUAUGUAGUUUGAAAAGUGAGAAUAUUAAGAAAUGUAGUAAUAAAUUAGAGUAUUUUACAGUACAUAAAAACAUUGCUCAGGAAUAGUCUAAGAAAUAUUUUUAGUGUUUUUUUUUCCUUGUCUACUGGAGACCAAAUGUGAAAUUUUGAAUUGGUAAAGGAAAUGAAUGUAACAGACAGUAUUACAUUUCCAGAAUCAGUAGUUGUAAAGCUACACUUAAUUUAAUUGCAGUUGCAUGUACAUUCAGCUCUAUGCAAUUCAAGUGAAACUGAGUCUGAGAUGCUCAAAGACAGAGGAGUUGGCUGUGUCAGAGGUGGCACUCAGGAUGGCACUGAACACCAGCACCUGCAGAGGACCAGCACAUCCCAGUGUUGCUGUUUCACCCUUUUCUUUUGGUCCAGCUCCAUGUCCAGCUUUUUUAGAUUAAAGAUUCCUGCACCCAGUGCUCGUGUUUCAAGCUCUGGCCAAAUUCUGCAAGCCUGCCUUAGCUAAGUUUUCCUGAUUCACAUUAACAGUAGUGAAAAAUAGGAGAGCUGCUUUGCCAAUAAUCAGAAUUUUAAUGCACUGCUCUAGGUCACUGUUACAAGCACCAAACCUGAGGUGAGCAGCAUCCAGGCAGUAAUCAGAAUAGCAGCUUUUUACAAAAAAUUCUGUUAGAUGCAGAAAAUAAUUUAGCAUGUUUGUAUACCAUUGAAUAUUGCUGGAUGCUAAAUUUUCUAAAUUGAAGUUUCCUGGGUUGUAAAGAGGACAUGUAGAUACAGACACAUUUUGCAUGAUCACUUCUUUAAGGAUAAAUAAACCCCAUUUCAAAAUCAGCUGUGACCAGACCAAAGGUAUUUGGUGCUGGGAAAGUAUUUUGUCACAGAGGUAGGAAAGUUUUAAUGGAGGUGGAGGUGGUGAUGCCACUUUGAAAGUCUGAAAACUUGUUCAUCCCUUUGUGUGGGAUCUGGGCAAGUAAGUUUGUCUCACAUGAUAAUCACACCAGUCUAAUUUCUGGCAUUGAUUUGAUACUUCUGACACACCUGUUUUUGUUCACACACAGAAACAGAAAUUCUGUGUUUGCCUCAAACAGCUCUUGGCCUGAGCAGGGCUGGGUUUUACCCUGUUUCCAUUUUAACUUCUCCAUUUUCUGGGCCUACAGAUGAAAAGAGCUCCUUUUAUGAAGAGGACUAUGGUUUAUAUUUCUUUCAUUUUAUAUUGCUGGGUAUUGUCUUUAGAAGCACUUCUGAACAGAGCAGAAAAAUUUAUUCCAUCAAACACAUUCAGUUUAAAACUAAUUAUUUAAGACACUUCACAGCACCAUGUUUUUAAGGCUAUUCAAUUUUUUUUUUUUAAACAAGGUUUAGCAAUAUGAUCAUGUGGAUCUAAUCCUAGCACUGGUGAUGCUUCUUGAAGAACAGAUUACUGUGAUGUGAGAUAUUUAAACAGAUGGAUUUAUUUAUUUAUUUAUUUAUUUAUUUUUGGUAAAGAAUGUAAAGGUUUAGUGUUCUGCAGUAUUACCUGCAGAAUAAGUAUGCUCAGGUUGUAUUUUAAAUAAACAGCCAGAACUCUGCUUCAGUUGCAUGAGUAUAAACUUUGAACAACUCAGUUAUUUUCAAUGAAAUGACCCUGUUAGAAGAUGUAAAGAAACAGAAUUUCACUCCAAUAUGUAUAAACUCUUCUCCUCAGUAAUGCUAAUGUGUUUUUUGUGCAUCACAUGAAAAAAAUUACAGCAAUACUGUUUUUCUCUUGCCAUGUUCCUUUUUUCUCCAUUGCUUGUAUCUCCUGCUGGGGGCAGGAACAUUUUCCCACCUGGAUCUCAGCUGGAUGAAGCUGCAGGGAGCUUGUGCUGCUUCCAUGGGGCUGCACUGCCCUGUGUGAUCCAGCUCUGAGCUCUGCCCUCCUCCUGUCCCUGCUCCUGCCCUUUCUGUGCUUCAUUCAUUGUUCUUUCAGGUGACUUUUACCUUGUAUUUGCUGUUUAAAGGAUCUUGUUAGAAUUCAGAGAGAAUUUUGACAGUUUUUUUUCAGCAGUAUGUGCUUUUUUGAAGCUGAUAUUUUAAAUUUCUACAGUAUGGAAUUGCCUGGAAUGUACUGUUUUUUGCCUUAUUUUAAAGGUAUUGAGCCUUUGUUGCUCCCAUUGCAUUAGUGGUUUUUCAUCUGAGAAAUAAACAGACCACGCUGGAAGAACUGAACUUGAUUAACUGAAGAUUUUCAGACCAGCUUUUGAUGUUGGUAUUCAUGUAUUCUUAUUUAUUUGAAUUUUUUUUUGUGGAUAUUUUUGCUAGUAGUUCCACGGGAAAGUGAUCUUGUCAUUCAGAGGUACCGUAUAUUUGCUACAAUAAAAGUGAGAUACUGCCCUGUUUGUUGCCGAGUUGUAUUUUUUU